AUGACGACCGACCACAUCUCUUCAAGGUGCUUAGCCUCGGCGGUUGCCGCCGCGGCCGCGCACGGUGGAGAGACAUGCCGAGUCCUGACAUGUUCGUCUGUCCGGACAGCUGCACCAUCGUCGGUCUACUUCUUGAGGAAUAAUGCCGUGUACAAUGGCAUGGUGGCGGCGCUGCCAGGCGCUGGCAUUGUUGUUCCUCCUGCAGAUUGUGUAGCUUCCUUCGAUCUUGAGAGGGAGGAAUGGAGGAAACGUCUCCAAGGGCCUAUAAGCAUGGGCUACGACGCUGAUGACUCGGACGACGAGCUCGACCUCGACGAUCCCGGUCCCGGGUGCCAAUUUGCUUUGGCUGAGCUGAAAGGCUGUCUAGUUCUGAUGAACUACUUCUACGGUAUGACUCACCUCUGGAUUCUGACUGACUUUGAGAGAGGCGUAUGGGUGAAAGAAUAUAACAUUCUGGUUAAGUCCAUCGUGCCGGCAUAUGUGCGCCGCCUAAAACCAUUGUUUGUGCUAGAUGACGGGAGGUUGGUAGUGAGGCGACGAUACGGACAUGCGUUGGCCAUAUAUGACCCUAGGACCGACGCCUGGGCGUCGGUGAAGUCGAGACCUCUUUCUCUUGGUUGGGGCAGUUGGUAUCUACACAGGCAAUCUGUUCGGUUUACAAGAUGCAUGGUGACACGCUAUAGUAUAUAUGUAAUGGAUAAUCUGUUGGGUUUACAAGAUGCAUGGUGA